CCGGCCCGCGCCAUGGCACGGUUCCGCUUGCCCGUGCUUCUCUGCACUCUGGCCGUCCUCAGUGCCGCGCUACUGGCUGCCGAGCUCAAGUCGAAAAGUUGCUCGGAAGUGCGACGUCUGUACGUGUCCAAAGGUUUCAACAAGAACGAUGCCCCCACGCACGAGAUCAACGGUGAUCAUUUGAAGGUCUGUCCCCAGGGUUAUACCUGCUGUUCCCAAGAGAUGGAGGAGAAGUACAGCUUGCAAAGUAAAGAUGAUUUCAAAAGUGUGGUCAGUGAGCAGUGCAAUCACUUGCAAGCCGUCUUUGCUUCCCGUUACAAGAAGUUUGAUGAAUUCUUCAAAGAACUACUUGAAAAUGCAGAGAAAUCUCUGAAUGACAUGUUUGUGAAGACAUAUGGCCACUUAUACAUGCAAAAUUCUGAGCUAUUCAAAGAUCUCUUCGAAGAGUUGAAGCGCUACUAUGUGGUGGGAAACGUGAACCUGGAAGAAAUGCUAAAUGACUUCUGGGCUCGCCUUCUGGAGCGGAUGUUCCGCCUGGUGAACUCCCAGUACCACUUUACAGAUGAGUAUCUGGAAUGCGUGAGCAAGUAUACCGAACAGCUGAAGCCUUUUGGAGACGUCCCUCGGAAACUGAAACUACAGGUUACCCGUGCAUUUGUAGCAGCCCGUACUUUUGCGCAAGGCUUAGCAGUUGCAAGAGAUGUAGUGAGCAAAGUCUCCGUGGUAAAUCCCACAGCCCAGUGUACGCACGCCCUGUUGAAGAUGAUCUACUGCUCCCACUGCCAGGGUCUUGUGACAGUGAAGCCAUGUUACAACUACUGCUCGAACAUCAUGAGAGGCUGUCUGGCCAACCAAGGGGAUCUUGACUUUGAGUGGAACAAUUUCAUAGAUGCUAUGCUGAUGGUGGCGGAGAGGCUAGAGGGUCCUUUCAACAUUGAAUCGGUCAUGGAUCCCAUCGAUGUGAAGAUUUCUGAUGCUAUUAUGAACAUGCAGGAGAAUAGCGUGCAAGUGUCUCAGAAGGUUUUCCAGGGCUGUGGACCCCCUAAGCCCCUCCCAGCUGGACGAAUUUCCCGUUCCAUCUCUGAAGGUGCCUUCAGUGCUCGCUUCAGACCCCAUCACCCUGAGGAACGUCCAACCACGGCAGCUGGCACUAGUUUGGACCGACUGGUUACUGAUGUCAAGGAGAAACUCAGACAGGCCAAGAAGUUCUGGUCCUCUCUUCCCAGCAAUGUGUGCAACGAUGAGAGAAUGGCUGCAGGAAAUGGCAAUGAGGAUGACUGCUGGAAUGGAAAAGGCAAAAGCAGGUACCUCUUUGCAGUGACAGGAAAUGGUUUAGCCAACCAGGGCAAUAAUCCAGAGGUCCAGGUCGACACCAGCAAACCGGACGUCCUGGUCCUUCGUCAAAUCAUGGCUCUUCGGGUUAUGACCAGUAAAAUGAAGAAUGCUUACAAUGGGAAUGAUGUGGACUUCUUUGAUAUCAGUGAUGAAAGCAGUGGAGAAGGGAGCGGAAGUGGAUGUGAGUACCAGCAGUGCCCUGCGGAGUUUGAGUACAACGCAACUGACCACUCUGGGAAGAGUGCCAGCGAUAAAGCUGGCAACGCUGGUGCCUGUGCUGGGGUGCAGCCUUACCUCCUCACCAUCUCCUGCAUCUUGCUCUUGCUUAUCCAGAGAGAAUGGAGAUAAUUCCUAAUCUUAGAGAAAAAGUGUUCAUCAUCGGAAAGUAAAAAAGGCACCGGUUAUUACUUUUCUACCAUCCUAGUGACUUUGCUUUUUAAAUGAAUGGACAACAAUGUACAGUUUUUACUAUGUGGCCACUGGUUUAAAAAAUGCAGACUUUGUUUUUUUCAUUUGGUUUUGCGGGGGAAAGGGACUUGCACGUCAAGUCGCUUCCUGCUGCCCCGGAAUCGUGUUAAGCGUGGCUAACAGUGUAGGUACAGAGCCGUACGUAGUUAGUGGUGCAUUUGUGAUUUUAUCACGCUCUUGUUUGUUCUCGCUUUUUGUUUGUGGGGUUUUUUUUCCCAUCGAUUAUGAUCUCACCUUGUUUCUCACAAAAAAACCAGGGUCCUUUCUUGGCAUGUAACAUGUACGUAUUUCUGAAAUAUUAAAUAGCUGUACAGAAUCAGGUUUUAUUUAUCAUGUUACCUUAUUAAAAGAAAAAGCCCAACAAGCAGUAAAAUUUCCAUUUAUCCCUGUUUUAGUUGCCUUAUCUGGAGAGAAGUGGAGGUGAUCUGAGUUUUUAUUACUAAGGACAGAAUGAAGGCACAUGGAGGGGUUUGGUUGUAUUCAAGCACCAAUACAAGAAGAAGGUUAUACUUCGCUUAUAGCUGGUGACUGGAAGAGACUGCAGAGUACCCAUUUUGGUUGAGUUGAAUUGCAUAAACAAAGAUCAUUGUACAGGUCAUUUCUUGAGUCUGCUUAAAGUGUAAUCCAUUUGUAAGAAACUUGAUAGAUUCUCCCUAGGAAUAUAUAAGGCAUUGGAUGUUCUGGUUAUCACAUGUUCACACUUAGUUUGGGGGGUGGGUUUGGUUUUCUUUUUUAUCCAGCUAAGUUAGCAAGUCCCUGUGUGCUGGUCUUCGUGUCCACAUGGACCCUCUUUGAAUUGAUAUCCCAAUGGCAGAAAUAUGUGACCGACAAGCUCAUUUGGUCCCCCUUGUUACAGUGUACUAGGUUGCAAACCCAGCCAUGUAGAGGGAGCUGUCAAGGGGCCAGCCAGAAUUGGGGUACAGCCUGGGGUCAGGGAUUAGCUGUCAACAUUGGAGCCAAGUUUUUAUCUGUGCAUGUGUAUUUUCACUUCUUUUUGCUUCCCAGUUUUUUAAGAGUUCCUAAGUUGUCUUAAUUUGAGUCUUUUUCUUGCCCAACCCAUCUGAUCAGAAAGGCAGAGGACUUGAAGUAGUUCACAGAUGUGUGUAUUUCUAUCAGCCAAUAAGCCCACUUGGGGAGAUCUGGGCACCCAGAUUUUUCUCAGGUGGUGGUAUUUGGGGGUGUGUUUGGCAUAGGUACAGCUAAGACCAUUUUAGCAGUGACCCUUAGCCCUGUGGUGAGCUGGCAAAUGUCCUAUUUGUUGUCCCAGGACAAAGACUAACAACUGCCUUGGCCCCUUAGGAACUUAUUUCUUGUGUCCUUUCCAAAUGACAGUUCAUAAAACUAUGAGAAUGAAACAGCUCACUUCAAAAGGAGAUACCAAAAGUAUUCAGAAGGAAUCAAAUUCUGCAAGUCUCUUCCAGCUUUAGACAGCCAUUAAGAUCCCAACCAAUUCUAUAGAAGCUAAAACCCACAGAAGGUCGUUUGUGUUAUUGUUCAAUCUUCAGUUGUAAGAGUAAUUCUCUAUUUUUAUAUUGAAACCUAAUUACUUGAUAGCUCAGGGUCUACAUUUCAUUCAAGUUUUUACACCAAAUUCUGCAUAAUGGUCAAAGUGGGAUAUUGGGGGCUAUUGUAAACAGAGGCUAAAUUUUAUUAGAAGUAGCCAGUUAUUUAUUAAAGCAUGAUGUUAAUAAAAUAGGCAUAUUCUGGCUGGUGUGUAUAAGUGUUUUUUUUUUUUUAAGAAAUCACAGAUGACAUAGAAUUGAAAAGGUGCUCCAUUUAUGUAUGAGCAAAAAUGGAUUGUAAAUAGCUAAGCUGCCUUGUGAGAACUUGGAAAAUGUGCUGAUAUUUAGUAACUACCUCAGUUGUGAGGAAUUUCCUUUUUAGCUUAGACUGCUAUUACUUUUACUUGGUAGAAACGAAUCUCGUCUCCAAAAUGCGGCUCAAAGAGUUAUCCCCAUAGACCUUGUUAGAUUGUUUUUAAUUUAAAACCUUGAACUCUGCCCAGCUGUUUUCUUUCAGUCAAGUUCUCUAAACCAAUAACAUUUUCCAAAUUAAAUAUUCUUGAAGGUU